CUAUAAUUUUAUUUUCAUUUAUCAAUUUUAUAAUUUUAAAUACCUAAACACCAAUAUUGUAUACACCAUUUCUUCACUACCGCAUUGCAUAAUAUUGCUGACAACGCAUUUUACCGAAUGCCUACUUAUAUCCCUACGUAGACUAUUAAUAUUACCUAUCAUUCAUUUCUGACACAGUCUGACAUUUGACAUACAAUUAGACAGUAAAUUAGUUUAAAGUGUCAUCAUGAAAUUUUUAUUGUGUUUUGCUUUAGUUUGGGCCGUGGCAAUAGCCAAACCAAUGGAUGAAGCCAAAAAAUCAGAACAACUAUCUAGCACCAAAAACGAGACUGUAAUUUCGUACCACAGAGUAGAGCGUGAUGAUAAAAUAUCUCCAAUAGUUCAGGCUUCUCCCGAAUCAAACGAGAAUAAUGAAUCAAAAACUGACGAAACAAAAUCUGCAGAUGACAAACAAAGACUUUCAUAUGAUUCUACCACCAACCAGGUUAAUCCAUCUGCGUACUCAUCUCAAUUAACUAGCAUUCAUAAAGCUGACUCAAGUUAUCCAGUAAACUCGGAUAAUGAGCAAUACAGAUCAGUUGGUUCUGCGUAUCCUUUGGAAGGAUCGUAUGGUCCAUUAGAAUCUCCGGGAUUAGUAUCUUCUUCAUAUCCAUUUAUGUCAUACGGGUUAAGGCCGGGAUCAUAUGGAUAUUCAGGGUCAAAUGGAUUAUCAGGAUCAAAUUAUGGACUGUCUGGAUCAUAUGGGUCAUCAGAACUAUGGGGUUCAAACUCAGUUGUUCCAACAUCUUAUUCUAGUUCUAUACCUUGUCAAGGUGGCAUUGCCCAACAAGUAAUCCAUAAGCCCGUUGUAACAGAAUUACAAGAAGUUAUUCACAAACCAAUAAUUACAGAAGUACAAGAAAUUGUGAACAAACCCGUUUUCUCGGAAGUCCAACAAGUCAUACAUAAACCACUUUUCACUGAACAUAUUGGUCUCGGUCCAUCUUACCACGGAUAUCAAAAACACAUUGUUAACCAACCCAUCUACCAUAAGCCCACUAAACAUUUUAUUCGUCAACCAAUGUCUCAUGCGGCAACCAUUCAUUUAGCUGAUGAAUAUGAACAGCAUGUCAGUAAUGGUCACAGCAUUUGUGAACCAGAGAUUGGCUCUUCAUACGGUUUUAUGGGAUCAUCGUUUCCUAAUACAUAUGGGCCAGGAGUCAACGUUCCACAACCAAGUGGACAGUACAAAUCAGUAACGUCCAGGAAUAGUGUAAUACCUUAUGAACCGGUUUAUUCAUCAGGUAUAUCUACACCGGAUUUAUUGAAUUACUCUAAAUUACGUGUUUCAACUCCAAACCGUUACCCUCCAAUGUCCUCCGCUCAAGAUUUUUACAAAUACGCCGCUCCCGGUUCAAUCGGCUACUCUACUCCGACUUCUCCAUUUAGCUAUUCGUCAUUGCCGUCAUAUAAUGAAUUAGGAUCAAUAAGUCGUGGAACACCUUAUGGGCAACAGAUUGCAACUUUCAAUACUGGUAAUAAUGGACCUUACAGAAGUAUAAAAGAAAGUUCACAAGCUAAAGCUGCAGAACAGAUUAUGUACGAUAAGUUCCUGCCAUAUACACAACAAUUAAAUGGCAACCAACAAUAUCAUGAUAACCAGCAGUUUCAACAACAAUUCUCAGGAUUCCCACAAGGGGGAAGGAGCAACGAAGAGCCAAAACAAAUUAAAAUGGAUGUAGACGCUAUUGCCAAGCAAAUUGAGAAGAACCCUGAAAUGAGGAAACAAUUAAUAAAAAUAAUAACAGAGAGUAUUUACGUUGGUGACCAAAUGACACAAUCCAAUAAGAAGCAACAAGAUACAAAAAUGCCAUCAUUGCCACUAGUAUAAAAUGAUACAACUGAUGUUUAUAAUUAAGGAAAACGACUAUUUUGAUUAUUUAUAAAAAAAUAAAUAAA